AUGUCGGCGAGCCACGAGGAGACCUGUCUCCGAGCCGUAGGCCUCCAGAUGGGGUCAGGAGGGAGCGAAUGCGAUAACAAUGCCCCUGGCCUGUACGUAGAACACAGGGUACAGCGGUAUGAUGUCAAUACAUUCCACAAAGGCAUUAGGAUACGACUUGGCGCCGACGAGAAGAUGGCCCAGCGGACAUGCUUGACGGUGCACGCGGCGACACACUGGAAACAAAAGCAAUCGGGGGCAAACCCGAGGAUGUGGCGUCAGGCUGCAUUCACGGCGCCCCACCCCACCGUCUGCUGCGGUCCUUUGCUGGGGGCGAGGUCGCUCCGCCGGAUUUUGCAAAUCCAUCAAUUGACCACCACCAGUAUUCCAAACGGUGGAACGCAGAGUCCGCCCUCUGGACCUGACAGUUCCAAAAUCCAUCCAUUCAUCCCGCCAGACUCGUCUGCACGAACAAAAACGAAAGCGCUUCUGGCUCCUCCACACGCGACCCGCCAAAACGGGACCGUGGUGUUGGGUCGCAGGCUCCCGCCACCAGCCGACGGUUUUCGGUUAUUUGCAGCACGCAGGCUGGAGCUGGAGCUGGAGCUGGAAGGCAGGGCCACUUUCCUGGCCGAGCGCGUGCCGCCGCAGCACCCCCCCCUUGUCCAGCCGCGGCCGGCGAACCGCCCCUUCGUCUCGUCGAAUCGUGACGCCGCCGCCAGCCAUCCAAUUUCCCCUGUGACGGCCGUCCUCGCCGUCCGCCCACCCUGGCGUCGGUCGCUCCACCGCCGGCCGUCCGUCAAAGCGCCCAGCGCGCUCGGACGUAGCCGCCUGGCCGCCGCCGCCGCCGCUGGUGUCUCCUGCCGCUGUCCGUCGGCGCGGUGCUCUGCCGACACCACCCGCCCCCCGCCGUCCGGGGAGCAGGCGGUGCUGGGUGCCACCUCGGGUGAGUCGGGCUGA